AUAAUAUAACUAUGUGAAUGUAUAUAUGAUUAUUAAUGUUACGGUGUGAAAUAUUAUAAUUCAGUCCACCGGGAGAGACUUUAAAAUGUGCGUGGUUUGGUUAGUAUAUAAUAUGUGGCAAGAUUCUCAAAAGGAGGUGAUGCAUGCACAUUAUUGAGGCAUGAUUUUUUCUCAAAGUAUUUGUUAAUUUUCAGAAAAUAUUAGGACUUCAGUGAAUCAGGCAAUGCGGGUGUUGAACAAUUCUGAGGAAUUUUUUUAAAAAACUAAUAGAAAGUUUUGAAACACAGAAUUUGUUUUAGACUACAAGAUGAGAGAAAGAAAGUUUAAUAAAACACUACAGUGUCAACUCCCAACAAUAUCACACGCAUGUUUAUGACUGCACGGUGAGAACUAAACUCCAGCGUUUAACAGUUAUCAACAGGUAACUCCAAGAAAAAAACCACAGAACAAGAGAGUCAAUGAUGCAGAGUUGGGUUGUUAAAAUUGUCAGGCUAGCUGACUAUGAAUCAGGGCACUUAGAGAGGGAUAAGGGGGAGGAAGCAAUCAGCGUGCUUUGCUCAUAUCAAGAAUGUCGAAAAAUGUGGAUCUCAAGCCACUAUGGUCACGUAAAAGAUAAGUAAGCGUGUUGGAGGCUUCAAACAUUGCACAAAUUUGGACUUACUGAAUCUUGCUUUAAAUGGUUAUAUAAAAAAAUGUCAAAUGAAGGAGAUGAAUAAGAAGCUAAUGAGGGGAAAGUAUUAGAUAAAUCUUUCUAUGGGGAAAAAAAAUUAAUUGUGGGCCAAGGUAAUAUAAUAACCGGCGGUAGUUAGUUUUUGGUUGAACCAUAUUGUUUCUCUUUUUUUAUCUUUUUGAGCCAAAUAUAUUAUAUCUCAUUUACUUGCUAUAAUUGCAUCCACACAGGUUUAUAUUAGCUCUAUAAUGAUAAAAGUUCUCGUUCUCUAAACAAAAUAUGAAACUAAUUAAUUUUUAUUUUUUUUAGAUAUAAGCAUAUUUUAGUUUAUGUAUACUACUAUUAAACAAAUAGUUAUGCUUGAGAGAGACUAGUCCUAUAAAAUAACUUGCAAACUCUUUAGUUGAUGGAUUCUUAUACAUUGUUAGUAAGUAGAUAUAUAUUAUUGAUGUCUGAAUAUAUUUACUUUUCUCUAGCAGGUUCAAGUUAUGGAUAAAAAUAGAGGUUGGAUGUAUAACACUUCUCGUGUAAGUGACGAGUACUUUGAAAAAGUGAAUGACUUUCUUGAUAAAGCAUUUGCAAGAGUAGCUAAAGGGAAUGAAAUAUGUUAUCCUUGUCGUGGUUGCUGUAAUCGUAGUUAGCAUCAGCAAAAUACUGUCUACAAUCACUUGAUUGUCAAGGGAUUUAUAGAUAAUUAUUACAAAUGAGUUUUUCAUGGUGAGGUUUUGCCAUCAAGAUUGAACGUCCAUAGCGAGAGUGAUGAUGAUGAUGCACAUACUCAUGAUGAUGUAGGUGGAUUACUACAUGAUAUUUUUAGAGGCACAAUAGAAGAGUUUCCAGAUAACGAAGAAGAAGGCAUAAAGGAAGGCACAGAGGAAUUGACUGAGGAUGAUGCUAAGAAAUUUUACAAGUUAGUGGAAGAAGGUCAGCAAGAGUUAUUCCCAGGAUGCAAAACCUUUUCCAAACUCUCUUUUAUAAUUCGAUUAUAUCUACAUAAGUGCAUACAUGGACUAAGCAAUGAGGCAUUUGAUGAUUCUUUGACCCUAUGGAGGGAAGCAAUUCCAGACAUAAAGUUGUCAAAGUCUUUUCAUGAAGCCAAAAGGAUUGUCAAGGACUUGGGUCUUGAUUAUGAAAAAAUGCAUGCGUGCCCAAACGAUUGCAUGCUAUUCUAUGGAAAUGUAAAUGGGAAGCUAAAUGAGUGUAGUAGUUGUGGUGCUUCUCGGUGGAAGCCAAAGAAGGAUGAUGUAUCUAAUGAUUCUAAUCAACCAUCUAAAAAGGUGCAUAAUGUUCCAGUAAAGGUUUGAGGUACUUUCCUUUAAAAUCUAGAGUUCAAAGACUAUUCAUGUGUUCUCAAACUGCUAAAUGUAUGAGUUGGCAUUCAAAGGAGCGCAUCCAAGAUAGGAUUCUAAGGCAUCCGACUGAUGGCAAAGCUUGGAAAGACUUUGAUGAAAAGCAUCCAGAGUUCGCAUUAGACCCUCGUAAUGUGAGAUUAGGGUUGGCUAGUGAUGGAUUUAAUCCCUUUCGAACAAUGAGUAUCGCACAUAGUACAUGGUCAGUUAUCUUAAUCAACUAUAAUUUACCACCACGGAUGUGUUUGAAAGCAGAAUAUUUCAUGCUAUCUCUACUUAUUUCAGGUCCUCAAUCCCCUGGCAACAACAUCGACAUAUACUUGCAGCCACUGAUUGAUGAAUUGAAAGAGUUGUGGGAAGUUGGAUUGCUUACAUAUGAUACUUCUAUCAAACAAUCAUUUAAAUUGCGUGUAGCUUUGCUUUGGACAGUUAGUGAUUUUCCAGUAUACGCAAUGUUGUCCGGAUGGAGUACUAAAGGCAGAUUGGCUUGUCCUUAUUGCAAUUACAAUACAUGCUCUGAGUAUUUAAAAUAUAGCAAGAAGAUGUGUUAUAUGGGUCAUCGCAGAUUUUUAAAAGAUGAUCACCCAUGGCGAUUUAAUAAAAGAUCAUUUAAUGGUGACAUUGAGCUUGGAAGAGAACCAACAUCUUUGUUUGGGGCUGAAAUUAUAAACAAAUUAUCUGAUUUUGUCAAUGAAUUUGGAAAAAAGCAGAAGAAAAGAGCAGAUAGGAAUUGUCCGUGGAAGAAAAGGUCAGCAUUUUUUGAUUUGCCUUAUUGGGAGCAUAAUAGAUGUCUUCACAUGCUUGAUUUAAUGCAUAUUGAGAAGAAUGUUUGUGACAAUAUUGUUGGCACAUUGUUAGAUAUUCCAGGAAAGACAAAGGACCAUGUUAAAGCUCGCUUUGACUUACAACAAAUGGGCAUAAGACGAUAUCUUCAUCCUAUGAAGUCGGCUGAUGGUCGUCGUGUUACAUUUGCGAAAGCUUGCUUUUCUAUGACAACACAGGAGAAAGAAAUGUUUUGCAAAGUGUUGGCGGAUGCAAAAGUGCCUCAUGGUUGUGCAUCAAAUAUCUCAAGAUGUGUAAAUGUGAGGGAGAAGAAAAUAUCUGGGUAUAAGACUCAUGAUGCGCAUUUUCUCUUGCAAUAUUUACUUCAAAUUGCAUUAAGAAGAAAUUUGCCUAGGAGUGUUGCUAUUCCUCUCAUCAGAUUAGGUGCUUUCUUUAAGGGUUUAUGCAGCAAAGUUCUCAAGCCAGUUGAACUUAAUUCCUUGCAGACUGAGAUCGUAAAGAUACUUUGUCAGCUUGAGAAAAUAUUUCCACCUAGUUUCUUUGACAUCAUGGUUCAUCUUCCUAUUCAUUUAGUUCAACAAAUUUUGAAUUGUGGGCCAGUCAACUACUUCUGGAUGUAUCCAACAUAAAGAUAUCUUUGUAGAUUAAAGUCAUAUGUGCGUAAUAGAAGUGCUCCUGAAGGCUCCAUAGCAGAAGGAUUUUUAGUUGAAGAGUCUCUGACUUUUUGCUCAUUAUAUAUGCAUGAUGGUGUCAAGACAAGGUUUAAUAGAUACACAAGUAGGUAUGAGAGAGUUGAUGUUGCAGAAGAGAAGUCGCCAAUUUUUCCUAAGAUAGGUCAUCCUUUGGGAGGAAAGAGGAAAAGAAAGGGUAAAGCAUUUACAUUAGAUAAUGUUGACUGGGUUAAUGCACAUCGAUAUGCCUUGUACAAUUGUGAUAACAAUGAAGUUGAUAAUUAUAUUAGUGAACAUAAACUUUUGAUUGCGAAUCAGUCAAGAAAAAGAGGCAGAACAAGUAAAUGGACGGGAGCUCAAAAGCACAUCAAGGACUUCACUGACUAGUUUAAAACUAGAGUAUCUGAGUUGGAAACAGCGCCUGAUUAUCUAAAAUGGUUAUCAAUGGGCCCUAAUUUUGUAG